AUGGCAACAGCACCAAUAAAAAGACCAAAGACCGCCACAGAGCCCCCCAAAACAACCAUCUCCAGAUUCUUCCUAAGCACCAAACGGAGCGACCUCACAAUCGCCUGCGAAGACCAAACCUUCCCCGCCCACCGAUGCGUCGUAUGUCCACAAUCCAGCUACUUCGCCCGAGCCUGUAACGGACAUUUCAAAGAAUCCCAUGGAACCAUCGAAAUCCAAGACCUUAAGCCGAUCCUCGUCGAGAAAACGCUUCAGUUCUUAUACACGGGCGAUUAUACCACCAAAAGCGACUUGCCGAGUAACAGUCCCACUGAAAAGUUCGGCCGGACCAGCACACUAUCUAGUCCCGUGUCUCAGAGCUUUCCCGUACAUCUUGUGACCCAGGCAGACGACCUCUGCACGGCGAGAUUCCACGUGCGGAUGUACGCACAGGGGAGUUAUUUUCAAGUCGAUGCAUUAAAAGCCAAGGCGAAAGAGCACUUCGCAAAGGCGUUUUUGGAAAAUGUGGAUCGGGGGGUCUUUGCUGCUAUUGUGGAGGAGGUGUAUACGUCUACAGUGUCGUCGGAUAGGGGGCUACGGGAUAUUGUGGUGGAGAAGAUUAUGAAGUUUCUGCCGCUGUUGAUGGUGGCGCCUUCGCCGUUGGUGGAUGGGUUUGUCUUGGGGUUAGUCCCGGAGUUUGCGGUGGAUUUGUGUCUGGCUUCGUUGGCGAGGAAUGUUGAGAUGGAGCAGAAGGGGGAGGGGAAGUGA